GCAUCACUCUCUAAGGCCAGCGGUAAAUGUUUGUAAAGUUUGUGUUUUAUCACGUGUGAACUAAAUAUUCUAAUAUUAACAUUAAAAUUUUUUAAAUUAUAAAAUGCGUCCAUUAACUGAUGAAGAAACUCGAAGCCUGUUUGAAAAAUUGGCCAAAUAUAUUGGUGAAAACAUAAAAAUUUUGAUUGACAGACCAGAUGGUGUCUAUUGCUUCAGAUUGCAUCGAGAUCGAGUUUUUUAUAUAAGUGAAACAAACAUGAAACUUGCUUGCAAUAUUCCAAGGAAAGACCUCUUAAGUUUUGGUACUUGCUUUGGGAAGUUUUCAAAGAACGAAAAAUUUAAACUGCAUAUCACUGCAUUAGAUUAUAUUGCUCCAUAUGCAAAGCACAAAAUUUGGCUGAAGCCUAAUGCAGAACAGCAGUUCCUGUAUGGACAUAAUAUUAUAAAAACAGGUCUAGCAAGAAUAUCCGAAAAUACUUUAAAGUACCAGGGUGUAGUUGUCUACUCCAUGAAUGAUGUUCCACUGGGAUUUGGAGUAGCUGCAAAAUCUGCGGAAGAAACACGCACAGCAGAUCCUUUAUCUGUCAUUGUGUUCCAUCAGGCAGAUAUUGGUGAAUAUAUACGAAAUGAAGAACAUUUAUCAUAAUUAAUGUUUUCAAAACUUUCAUUUGUACAUACUGCUGUAAAAAUAAACAUAUUGUUUGUGUUAAA